AUGACAUCUUCAAGCCCUGCCCAGCAUCCAGCAGCUGAGAGCGCCUGCAGAAUCGCGCUCGGACAAGUUAACCAGGUGCGACCCAAACCGCCGCUUCUGAAGAUUCUGCAGGCUGCAGGCGCCCAGGGGGAAACCUUCACGCUGAAGGAGGUUAUGCAUUACCUCGGGCAGUAUAUAAUGGUGAGGCAGCUCUAUGACAAAAGGCAGCAACACAUGGUCCAUUGUGGAGGAGAUCAGCUGGGAGAGCUGCUGGGACUCGAGAGCUUCUCUGUAAAAGAUCCAAGCCCAGUCUAUGACAUGCUGAAACGGAACCUGACUUCAGCUGCAGUGGCAGAUGCUGCACAGAAUCUCGCACAGGAACAGAGCGUCGAUAAGCCAAGCCGAGACCAGCUGAAGUUUAGCCAGCAAGAAGGUUCUGACACUGGCGUCAUGGAGGGUGAAAGCAAUGCUUCUGCUUUGUCUACCUCAGAGCAAAAAUGUGAGAACUACCAAGACAAAGACUUUAUAGAAAACCUCUCUAAAAGCAAGAAGCCUAAACUGGACCUAGUGUUUGAGGAAUGGGAUGUAGCUGGUCUUCCAUGGUGGUUUUUAGGCAACCUCAGAAGCAAUUACAAGUCGAGAAGUAAUGGAUCGACAGAUAUUCAGACUAACCAGGAUUUUCAGCCUCUCCCUGUGUGUUCCUGUCCCAGCCUUUCACAUCAGGUGGACAUAGACACUGCCAUUGUCUCGGAUACUACUGAUGACUUGUGGUUCCUCAAUGAGUGCCCGUCGGAUCAGAGCAGCGCCGCAGUCAAGGUGGAAACGGUUGACUGCGAGGAAACGAAAGAAGGUGACAAAAAGGUGACCGAGGAGGCAUGUGGGCAUGACUUUGAGGACUCUCAGUAUUUAACUGAUGACACAGACACAGAAGCUGCUUCUGAGGACUGCUGGCAAUGCACGAAAUGCAAGAAAUUUAACUCUCCAGGCAAACGGUACUGUUACCGCUGCUGGGCCUUACGGAAGGACUGGUACUCAGAUUGUCCCAAACUGGCUCAUUCUCUUUCUCUCUCCAACAUUGAUGUCAUACAAAACAAAAAAGAUGAUGAAGGGAUAGAUGUCCCGGACUGCCGAAGGACUAUUUCUGCUCCAAUUGGCCAACCCAAAGACCUGUACGUGGUAGAAAACAAAUCGCGUGUAGAUCCCUCAAGCUCUAUUGAAUCUUUGGAUUUGGCACGAGAAUGUGAAGGGAAGGAGUCUCUGCUGCAUUUUGCUGAGCAUAAGAAGGAGGAAGAAAUACAGUCUUUAGAGAGUAUAAAAAAAUUACUGAAUCCUUGCUUCCUAUGCCAUCACAGACCACGGGAUGGGAACAUUGUCCACGGGAGGACUGCUCACCUGGUGGCCUGUUUCAAGUGUGCAAAGAUGCUGAAGAAAAAGAGAUCACCUUGCCCGGUGUGCAGGAAGGACAUUGAGAUGGUGAUCAGGAUCUUUAUGGGGUAG